UGUCUGUGUGCAGCCGUUGCGACGGUUCUCUUCCCGCGCGGCGACAGAGGCCAUUUCUGAGCUUAUCUCCAAGCCUAUCUGUCGCGUAAAAGUCCCACAGCCAUCCGCUUCGGGUGUCCGACCAUUCGUCCCGUCAUCCGCCAUGGCGGCCUCCUUCCUCCGGCCCCUUCUUCCUCCCACAACCUUCCUCUCCGCACGCAGGCCUCACCUCCUCGCUGCUCCCGCCACCAGCACCACCACCGUUCGCUGCACCGCCGCACCCAAACCGGCAACCUCCACGCCGAAACUCAGCCAAGAGGAGGCCGUCAGCCGAGAACUGCAGCGAGUGCCGCGAGAGCCCAGCGGCGCCGCCACUCCGGACGAGGCGAACGCGAACCCCAACAGCAUCCCCGACGAGGAGACCCCGGCGGCGGCGGCGGCGACCACCUCGUUUGCGGUGGCCCGGCGGGUGCCGUCCGCCAUCUCCCCGUACCGGCGGCGGCGGACGGCGCUGACGCAGGAGGAGCCGCCCAACUACGAGAUCGGGUGGAAGCGCACCAAGGAGCUGCCCCUGGAGAAGCCCCGGGGGUGGGCCAUCGCCGACUUCUUGGAGAAGCUGGACGGCCUGAUGGCGCGCGGGCGGUACGGGUCCGGGCAGCUGCUGGGCACCGUGGCGGGCGUGGUGACGGAGCGCGCCCGGGAGGAGGCGGAGAUCCUGGUGGCCGAGGGCGGCGUGGAGGAGCGCGUGGUCACGGAGCUCUUCCGCGUGCUCCGCCUGGUGGAGAUGGACGUGGAGAUGGUGAAGGCCGCCGUCAAGGAGGAGACCGUCAAGGAGCGCGUCGAGACGGCGCGCGCCCGCUGCCGGCAGGCCAUCCUCGUCGCGCUCUCGCUGUGACGAUGCCGGGCACUCUAUCUGCAGUCUCUGCUCUCAUGACUGAUGGCGGCACGCCUUUGUAACUAAACGGUUAAAUAAACAAGUGAGAUUAGCAUGAGUAGUGCGUAUUGAUUUACUAUUCAGUUACAGGAAAUCAUAUCUUGCUACGUGCUGGAUUUCUGAA